AUGUAAAAUUACAAAUGUAGAUUUUGUACAAAUGAACGCUAAUGUUUAUAUGCCUCGAUUGAUUAGAUAUCUAAAAAGGGUGAUCUUGUUUAAACAAUGAAUAUCAGUUUAUAUUACAAACAUGGUUAGAGCCAAAAUUAUUAUUUUUCUCGAUCUAUCAACUAAAUUUUAAGAAAAGCAAAACAUAGUAUAUAUGUGAAAGUAGAGGAUUAUAAAAUUUUGGACACUUAAGAAGAAUAUUUAAAACAGAUCUAUUAUAUGCCUAAUUGUUAACUUUAACUAAAAUAACUAAUAUAAUAUUAUAAAGUACCAAUAACUAAUAAUUUAUAAGUUUAGCAUUGAUCAUCCUAUGUUAUACUUUUAGGAAUUAAAAGCCAUAAUUCUAAAAUACAUUAGUAGUAGAUCUUAGGUUGAAUAUCAAUGGGCAAUUAAUUAAAUAGAUAAAGAAGCUAAAAAAGAAGGUGGAAUGAGUCCAAAAAAAAGUAAAUAGAAAAGUACACCUUUAAACAAAUAAGAAUUAUCAUGUUUUUUAAAAGAAUUAAAUGAAACUCAAAAGUCUACUACCUUCUUAUAAUUAUUGACAAAUGUUGAAGCUGAUAGAGCUGUAGAAAAAGAUUGGUAAAAAUAAUUUACACAAUCUCUUGUUGAAUAAGAUUUAACGAAAGCUAUGUAAUUUUCAACAUUUCUUCAAUAAAAAGAAUUAUAAAACCCAAAAGAAUCUAUAAUCAAAGAAAAUGCAACAUCUAGAACUGUCUAUUUAGGAAAUAUGAAAAAAUAAUUAAAUCUUCAAAUAGGCACUCCAAGAAAAACUAGCAAUGUUAUAACAAAUAAUUUUAGUACUGGAUGUAGUACUCAUGUUCAUUCAAAUGUUAAUAUUCAAAUCUAAAAUAAUUAGGUUAAUUAAAUAAAUUAAAAUAAUGGAGGAGUAUCUACUAUCUAAUCUAAUAAUAAGAUUAUUAAUCCAAAUUUACAUUUUUUCAACCAUAAUCACAAUCAUUAAAUUCGAUCAUCUAAUUCAUAAAAUAUUAUUAAUCAUAAUUUCGUCACUAAAACUAAUAUUGUCAAUAGUUCUAAUAGUAAUACUUUAAAACCUUAAACUGUAUACAAAAUGUAACCUUUGAGAUUAAUGGAAGUACCAAAAUUGAAAAUUAAACUCAAUCAUUAAGAUCCAAAAUCAGAAAGAAAAUAUGAUAAAAUUCGAGAAAAUAGAAUUGAUUGUUUUACUUAAAGAAUUAAAACAUAAUUAGAUGAAUCUAAUACUGCCAGACUUAGUGUUAAUCCUAAAACUGUUGUAAUAAAAAGAAGAUAAAAUUUUUAACAUUGA